ACAAGUCAAUAUUCUUCUCAUUUCCUUAUACAUUCCCCUUACAACAGCAGCCAUAAAUCUUCUCUAAGCUAAGUUGUACUAUUAACUUUACCAAAAAUAACAUUUGAAGUGUUCAAAUUCGUACAACUAUAAACUUCCUUGCACAAAUUCAAACCUUCAUUUUUAUCCUAUCUUUAAUUUCUUCUUUCUCCUCCUUAAUAUGCUACAUCACUUUUUUAUAGCAAUAUACAGAAAGUAGUACUAUUCCAAUGGUGAAGAUGUUUGACUACUACAGAAUCAGUAGAACAAAAAAAUUUCAUCUUUUUUCUAUUCUUUCUUUUGCUUUGAUUGUUUGUAUUAUCAGCUUUUCUGAUAAUCUCAUAUCUAAUUUUUCUUCUUCCAAUUCUGUUGUUUUUGUAUCAAAAACUAAUUCUCAAAAGCCACUUAAGUCAACUUUUGUACACAAACCUUUGUUUUACAAAAAGGAAGAAAUUAAUGAAGUAUCAUAUAUUAUCAAAGAAGAACAAGAACAAGAAGAAGUGCAUGUGAAUUUGGUGGCUCCUUAUAAUCUUACAGAAGAAGAAAGAAUUUCUUGGUUCAGAAAAAAGUUGCCUGAAUUUAGCAUAUUGAAGUCAACAAGAUUGUCAAGUCAAUUCAAUAGCAGAGUAAACAAUUUCUUAAUUACAAGAAGUUGUUCAGUUCAAUUAUUCAUGACAUGGAUUUCUCCUGCUAGUUCUUUUGGAAAAAGGGAAUUUUUUGCAUUGGAAACUCUAUUCAAAGCCCAUCCAAAAGGGUGUUUGAUAAUUUUGUCACAAACUUUGGAUACAUCUCGUGGUGUUAAAAUCUUGAGACCCUUAAUUCAAUUGGGGUAUAAAGUUCUUGCCGUUACUCCAGAGUUAUCUUUUCUGUUCAACAAUACGCCUGUACAAUCUUGGUUUGAUGACCUCAAAAAUGGUAAAAAAGACCCUGGUGAAAUCCCAUUGGCUCAGAAUUUAUCCAAUUUGAUUAGGUUAGCGGUUUUGUACAAAUAUGGCGGUGUUUAUCUGGACACGGAUUUUAUAAUCUUGAAAGAUUUUUCAAGAUUGAGGAAUUCAAUUGGUGCACAAAGCGUAGGUGCAAAUGGGAAGUGGACAAGAUUGAAUAAUGCAGUGUUGAUUUUUGAUAAGGAACAUCCACUUCUUUAUAAGUUUAUGGAGGAAUUUGCUUUUUCUUUUAAUGGGAAUAAGUGGGGACAAAAUGGUCCAUAUUUGGUUUCAAGAGUAGUAGAAAAGUUAAUGAUCUCAACAAAUAGAGAUGAGUUUAACUUUACUGUGUUACCACCAAUUGCUUUUUAUCCAGUUGAUUGGAUUAGAAUAUCAGGUUUUUUUAUGAAGUUUAAUUCAAGAAGUCAGUCAAGAUGGAUAGAAGCCAAAUUGCUACAACUCAGUGGAGAAACUUAUGGUGUGCACCUUUGGAAUAGACAGAGUAAUAAUAUGAAAAUUGAACAAGGAAGUAUCAUAGGGAGAUUGAUUUCUGAUCAUUGUUUGUUAUGUAAAGAUAUUUACAGUUCUUAAAGCAAUUCCACUUUGUGAUUUUUUUAAUUUCAGAAUUUGUAAAAAGGGAGGUAACUGUAUUUAUACUCAAACAAGUUCAAGUUCUUGAUCAUAAGCUCAAGCAACCAAGUACAUAAAGACUUCAAUUCUUGUUUC